CCGGCCUGUCGCCCCGGAGCCGCCGCCAUGCCGCCGCCCGGCCGCCCCCGCCUCAGCCUGCCGCUCGCCCUGGCGCUGCUGCUGCUCGUGGGCCCGGCGCGGCCCAUCUCCUUCCAGCUGCCGGGCAAGGCCCGCAAGUGCCUGCGGGAGGAGAUCCACCGCGACACGCUGGUCACGGGCGAGUACGAGAUCGGCGCCCCGCCGGGAUCCUCCACGGGCCCCUCCGCCAACCUCAAGAUAACUGACUCAGCUGGACACAUCCUAUAUGCCAAGGAAGAUGCUACUAAGGGCAAGUUUGCCUUCACCACCGAAGACUAUGACAUGUUUGAGGCCUGUUUUGAGAGCAAGCUUCCUGUGGGAACAGGGAGGAUGCCGGACCAGCUCGUGAUUCUGGAUAUGAAGCACGGAGUUGAAGCAAAGAACUAUGAGGAGAUUGCUAAAGUGGAAAAGCUGAAGCCUCUGGAAGUAGAAUUGAGGCGCCUAGAAGACCUUUCAGAGUCCAUCGUUAAUGAUUUUGCCUAUAUGAAGAAACGAGAAGAGGAGAUGAGGGACACUAAUGAGUCGACAAACACCCGGGUUCUCUACUUCAGCAUUUUCUCCAUGUGCUGUCUCAUUGGACUGGCCACCUGGCAGGUCUUCUACCUGCGUCGCUUCUUCAAGGCCAAGAAACUGAUUGAGUAAAGGAGCAAGACCUCCUCCCCCUCCCUGCAGCCCCAGCCGGACACCGUUGGGAGCAGCCGUGGCCCUUGGAGCCAUCUCAUGGAUGAUAUCCACUGACUGGAGCUUUCCUGCAGGAAUUGGCCCCUGAAGCGGGAGGGGAGCAUAGACAUUGGAGGCAAUUGGGGACUUUUGAAAACCUAUUGGAUGUUGAGGGGGGGAGAUUGUUAAGGGUUCGGGGGUUCCUGGGCGGCGAUUAAAUAAAAAUGAUGUUUCCGUGACAGCUGCAGCAAGCUUUUGCACUGUCUGUUCUCCAUUUAUAAUCCUGGCUUGAUGAUAUCUCCCAUCUGUCUGUGACUGUAGUGUUACUGUGAGCCACUUGAUUCUGCUGAGCUUGCUAGGUGUGAUGCAGCUGGCACCAGGGCACAGCGAGGUGUUCCCUCUUCUUACCAGCUGGGAUCCAAGCCACGUGCAGGCAGAGGUCAGUGCAAAGCAGAAGGAUCCAUCAUUCCAGCAGGGCCUGAGGAUAGAGGGAGGUCCAAGGGUUGGUACCGUGUUUCUCCCUGUGGGAGUUGAAAUCUUUGUGCUGAUGGAUCCAGGCACUGGAGCAUAUGGUGGUUCAGGCUGGAGAAUGAGGGAGCCUGGGAAGGAGAGCUUGCUCCCGUGCUUGAGCUUGGAGAGGAAAAGCCUGUACUGCUUGGUUAAGCUGUCUGAGCGUUGAUCUAACCCUUGCUCCAUGCAUUUUUCUUGGAUUAACCUCUUCUCUGUGGAAUUGAUGGAGCAGUUUCCCUGAAAGCCAUGGUCAGCGACAGCUUUUUGCAAUGCAGACAGCAGGAGUCAGUCAGAUACAGUCACAGUGCAAACAGGAGCAACCUGUGCUAGGAAAUUUUGUCUUACAUUGAGCAGGAGACUUUUCUCACCUAAUACUGUAUAGUUUAUUCAGCAGACAGCUGGCUGAAUCUGCCUCUUUGAGACCUCAAAACAAGGAAUGUGAAGCAAGAAGGUCUGUACCCUGCUUUGAGGUGUGAGGCUGAGAGGUGCUUUUCAGGUUAGCAGAGGAUUUGUUGAAGUAUGUGGAUGAACUGGAAAGCAGUACACAUUAGGAAGAGGCUAAUGCUGCACCUAUGAGGCAUCUGAGCUGUGCCAUCAGCAGAGCUGUUGCUCUCCUGUGUGAUAUUACAGACUCUCACAGGUUUUUAGCCGUCCAGAUGGCAUUGUGUCAGAUAAUCCAGGCUAGGAAAGAAAGCAGGCAGUGUUAAUUUCCUGAAUUUAUAUGCUGCACUUUUUGGGCAGUGUUUAAAACUUUCACCUUCUCUGCAUUCCUUCAGAGCAAACGGUUCAGCAGCCCAGCAGCGUGGAUGUGUCUAGACCAUUCUGUCUAGGGAAAGGGUUGUCAUGGCCCAGCCUACCAUUUUGGAAAAACAAAUGUGUGUUUAUAAUUUCUAACCUGAAUCUGAUCUAUUGUUGGAGGAAAAUAGUUGUUCAAGAUGAGACAGUGGGAAAGAGGGUGAAAAGAUGGCUUGCUGUCAUCCAGUAUAUUAGAACUUUGUGCCUCCUUUUUCAUUGCCCAGAUUCUGGAGUUGUUAGUUCCCCUGGAAAGUGGAAGAAUUGCUUUUAAUUUGUUUUCCUUUUUAAUAAAGCCAUAUGAAGAACCCAAGCCUACUCUUCUCCCAUUGCAUCCACCUUAUCCAUGUAAAUUUUUGAGAGCUGUUACAGUGAAGAACAGCAGUUACACCACAGGACUGAAUUACAAAAAUCACUUGAAGUUAGUUUUAGGUCCUACAGUUUGAAGCCUGUAGCAGAUCUGUUAAGGUUUUGCUUUUUAUAUUAUAUAUAUGUAUGAAUUGAAAAGGCAAUACAAGGAGGAGUCUUCCCUUGUCUUGUCUGUUUUGAUAUCUUCUCCCUGACCUUAUCAGAGUACACAACAAAUCUUUAUCCCCAAAAUGGUGGUGAGGCUUUUAGU